AUGUGCACCCAGGUCUUACCAGCCGCUGUCGCGCCUGUAGAGCCGGCACCGCUGAAGGCGAGCAGCGCGGCAAGUGAGGGUGAUGACGAGGUUGGUGUGGACAAGGGAGACGCUGGCCGGGAGCACUUUUCAAAGAUGUGGAUGUACUGCCUUCAGCAGAUGCAGGGACACGAGGUUGGUAUGCUGAUGGAUAUGAUGCCACCCGACAUCCAGGAGCUCUACUCUGAUAAGCUGAGCGACGAGUACCUGCUACACGAAGACGAGCAUAAGGACAAGAGUGUGCGUGCUUUAUGUGCUGCGCAGAAGAUGCUGCAGGAGCUCACGCCAGAGCAGCUCGCUCACAUUGAGGCGUUCCUUGUAGAGACAGACGCUCUCAAUCCCGAGGUGAAACGGCGUCGCGGGAAGACACGCCAUCUGCCAGGCGAUGGUGAUCUUAACGAGGAGAACGAUAGCGGCGACGGUGACGCUGGCGAUGACGGCGAAGACCUGUUCAUGCACCACGAUGAGGGAAUGGGCUCUGACGAGGAGGAAUGGCUUCUCGAGCAAAUGAUGGCGGCUGGGGACAAGACGGACGCUGCUGUCAAGUAG